GUUUGUAUGCAUCUCUAUCAGCUCUACUUUAAAGUGCAUAAUAUAUAUAUAAGAACAUAUUUUGAUCAGAUAUUUUAGAUAUUAAAAGUUGAGCCAGCGAUCUUUAAGUAUGUAGUGAACUAUGUUGGUUUGUGGUUUUGAGAGAGAGAGAGAGAGAGAGAGAGAGAGAGAUAGUGAUGUGUGUGCACACAGUAAGGCAGGAAAGGCUGAAUAAGGCGUUUAUAGCUUAUGCUUAAUGAAGCAGGAUACGUUUAAUGAAAGGCAGGGCUGGUGUUUAUUCCAUCUGCGUAAACGUGUGCGUAGUUUGACUCACUCUUCUAACGUCUGAGUUCUUUACUGUUUUCCGGAUUGUGGAUUACCAGACUGGUUCUUCAUUAAUAAAUGAACUGGACAACUAACAUAACGGAAUCAGAGCAAGGGCCAUGGGCCAGGAUUGAGAAGCCCUUGCUCCUGGUCAUCCUCAGCAUUGAGAUGGUGUUGGGUAUUCUAGGAAAUGGCUUGGUUCUGUGUGUUAAAGCCGUGUGUAGGGACCAGUUUCAAUGUGUUCACUGGGUGCCGUUUGUCAGUCUCACUCUGUCUGACUUCUUCUGUGCCGUGCUGAUCAUAAAUGGUUCCUUGCUGGCCAUCUUAAAUGGGGGUCAGAGGUCUCCAUGGUGUGAAGUGGUCAGCCUGUUUAAAUUCACCUUUAUCACGUCGUCCAUCGGAAGCGUAGCACUUCUCUGUAUCCAGCCAUUUCUGGAGAUGGAUUCCAAUGGAAAACGGUUGUCUGUCAUCACGGCAACGGUAUGCUUGGCUUCAUGGCUGAUGGGUGUCGUGUUUGGGACGGUGCCAGUGAUCUACGAUUGGGUCAGGUAUGAUCCCUCGGAGAUGCUGUGUGCUGUGUUUUGGGAGACCAGUUACUCCGACAUGUUGGUCUACAUCCUCUGUGCGUUCUCCGUCUCCAUCUUCCCCCAAGUCCUCAUCAUCAUCACCUGCUCCUUCUUGACCUCUGCUGGAUAUAAGAGGAACUCUAUCAGCCCGGCAGAUCUCUCUUCCGUCACUCCUCUGCUGGUGGUGUCCUAUAUGCUCUGCUACACUCCCUUCGCUGUGUCAGAGAUGAUUCUGCUAGCAAGGCUGGACCUGUCACCAUCUCCUGAGUGGCUGAGGACACUUGCAUCGAUAAUGGCGUAUCUGGACUGCAGUCUGAACCCCAUCAUCUACUGCACCAACCAAGGCUUCCGAGAGGCACUACUUGCGCUGCUGUGGAAUAAGAGAAAGUCAGGCUUUCCCGAGCCUGUGCUGACUUGCAUGAAAAAGCUAGAGAUCUGAAACUAAAUGAAGUGAGACGGAAAAAGUGCAGCACAAUCAAAUGUAAUCAUGCCAACAUCUCAGGUCAACCGUCUGUUAGCUGCCCACUGGAGGCUGGCAUAUUAGCUGAUGUAUCCAACACA